CAGCAGCCGAGGGGCGGAGCCAAGGAAAUUUCGCGGCUUGUGUCCUGCCCUGAUUUGCAUGCUGCCAAGAAGCAUCCAAUAGGGAGCAGCCCCGCCGUGCGCCUGGCCAAUGGGCUCGGCUGCAGAAGGGGCCGCGAGCUCAGAGCCCGGGACGCGGAACGGUGCGGGGCUGAGGUCGGGAGGCAGCGGGAACACCGGAAGGAAGCCGCCUCCUACCCAGUCAGACCUCUGGUCCAUCGAGCUCAGUAUUGUCUGCACAGACUGGCAGCGGCUUCUCCAAGGCUAGUCAGGCGCGGGCAGGCAGCUGCGUGCUCCCGCCGUCCAUGGCGGAGAAGCCCAUCCUGUGCAUCGGCCUGGUGUGCCUGGACAUCAUCAGUGUGGUGGAUCGGUACCCGGCGGAGGACACGGACACCAGGUGCCUGUCGCAGCGCUGGCAGCGAGGGGGAAAUGCUUCCAAUACCUGCACCGUCCUGGCCCUGCUGGGAGCGCCCUGUGCCUUCAUGGGCUCGCUGGCUCCUGGUAACGCUGCAGACUUUGUCCGCCAGGAUUUCCGGCGCUAUGAGGUGGAUCUGGCCCACGUGGCCCUGCACCCCGCCUGCACCCUGCCCGUCUCGGUGGUGAUCAGCAACUCGGCGGCGGGCACCCGCACCAUCCUGCACGCGGCGAGGUGCGUAGGCAGAGCCUCCCCGCGCAACCUUCCAGACGUGACCUUGGCUGAUUUUGAGCAGGUCGACCUGUCCCAGUACAAGUGGAUCCACUGGGAGGGCAGGAACGCCUCCGAGCAGGUGAAGAUGCUGCAGCGGGUGGAGAGGCACAACCGAGAGUGCCCUGCCGCUGAGCGGGUGGCCACGUCCGUGGAGGUGGAGAAGCCGCGGCCAGACCUCUACCCGCUCUUGGGCUACGGCGAUGUGGUCUUUGUCAGCAAGGACGUGGCCAAGGAUUUUGGCUUCUGCUCGGCCCCAGAGGCGGUCAGGGGGCUCCACAGGCAUGUGAAGCCCGGGGAGACCCCUUCGCGAGGCCCUGGUCUAUGGGUGCCAGGUGGCCGGCCGAAAGUGUGGGGUGCCAGGCUACGACGGGAUCGUGGGCACGGGAUGCUAGAAGCCUCGUCUGGGACCUUCACUGAGCCAGGGACCCAAACCUCUCGCCGCUCUGCUGAGCUCACCAGGAUGCUGGUCUGCCUCUCGGGAACACCCUGGUCCUCGGCCCUGUUGCAUGGUUGGGGGCCCCUGGGGUGAGAUCGGGGGGGGGGGGACGUAGCCGUUGCCACCACUUUGUGGGGAAGAUCAAUAAAGUACUUUGACCUGCUGGCUGAGGCCACCUCUGUGUGCACAACCUCCAUGAGGAAGAGGGGAGCUGGUCUGGUGGUCGCCAGCAGGACUUGUCCCCCUAGCUAAGCAGGGUCCACCCUGGUUCCAUUUGAAUGGGAGACCACAUGUGAGCCCUGUAAGAGAUUCCCCCUCAGGGGAUAAUGGGGCCGCUCUGGGAAGAGCAGAAGGUUCCAAGAGAGGGCUGAGAGAGAUUCCUGCCUGCAGCCUGGGAGAAGCCGCUGCCAGUCUGUGAAGACAAUACCCUGCUGGAUAGACCAAGGGUCUGACUCUGUAUACGGCAGCUUCCUCUGUUCCUAGGAAGGCUGCCUGGCUGGAGAGGGGACUCCUUGCCACAGCCAUGGGAGCAGCAAGGCUGAAGGCUGCCAAGUGCUCCCCCACCCCCCACCCCCGGCAGUAGCACCUGGCUCCAAGGAGGCCCAGCUGCCUCUGCUUCCUCUCUCUCCUGCCACACAGCUCUACCUGAUGAAUGGCCAGCCUGCAGGCAGCUUGGCUCUCGGGUGAGGCAGCACAGAGAGGAGCUGCCUCCUUUGGUGCCCCCUCCCCCCCCCGGCUCAUUAGGAUGAGCCCCUUCUGCCCAGAGGGGGCAUGUGGGGAGCAGAAUGGGGUGGCUCUGGCAUGCUGCCCGUCCUCGACUCUGUGGGCAGCGCCAGGCAGGAAACAGGAGCCCAGGCCGUGCCCUCGGUGAAGACCCCUUGGGGGCAUUUGCUCCCCUCUUAUGGGGCAGAAGCAUAUUCAGCUGCAAGACACUUUAUUGGCAGUGAGAGCAGAGCCAAGACUAGGGGGGGCUCCCGUGCAGGCAGCCACCUGGCAGGAGCUGGGCCCUAGCGGUGUGGGCCCAGCCAGGU